AUGACUCUCAUCCACUACCUCGAGUCCUCGCCCGUGCAGGCCCUCGGCUCGCUCGCCAAGCUGCUCACGAGCCCCGUCGUCACUGGCGCCGCCCUGCUCGCCUUCACCCAGGCACCGCCGGAGCUGCAGGCCGAAGUCGUCAGGCGCCUGUCCUUUCUCGGCGACAACGUCAAGCCCGAGACGGUCGAGCUGGCCCUCAAGGUCGUCUUUGGCUGGGGCCUGGUCAAGGGCGUCAACGCGGUCCUCAACUCGGCCGCGUCCAACGCGUGGCGCCUCACGAAAGCCCCCGGCUGGGACUGGCAGAACGAGGUGGCCGUCGUCACCGGCGGCUGCAGCGGCAUCGGCCGCAACGUCGUCGAGCAGCUGACGGCCAAGGGCGUCAAGUGCGCCAUCCUCGACGUCCAGGCGCUGCCCAAGGGCCUCGAGGGCCACCGCCACAUCCGCUACUUCAAGUGCGACGUCACCGACCCCGAGUCGGUCAACAAGGCCGCCGACGCCGUCCGCGCCGAGUACGGCCAUCCGUCCAUCCUCGUCAACAACGCCGGCAUCACCGUCCCCAAGAGCAUCCUCGAGAUCCCCCCCGCCACCCUCAACAAGGUCUUUGCCGUAAACACAAUCUCUCACUGGUACACGGUCCAGGCCUUUGUCCCGCACAUGGUCGAGGUCAACAAGGGCCACGUCGUCACCGUCGCCAGCAUGGCCUCGUUUGUCGCCCUCGCCAAGGGCGCCGACUACUCGGCCACAAAGGCCGCCGCCCUCGCCUUCCACGAGUCCCUCAACUCGGAGCUGCGCAACACCUACGACGCCACCGGCGUUCUCACGACCGUCGUCCACCCCAACUUUGUCGCCACGCCCCUCGUCGCCAAGUUUAGCAGCGAGCUCGAAAAGGGCGGCAUCCGCCUCCUCACCAGCGACGACGUCGCCCGCCAGCUCACCAACCAGGUCUUUGCCCGUAGAGGCGCGCAGGUCGUCUGCCCCGAGAGGCUGCAGUUCAUCACCGGCUUCCGCUCGCUGCCCGCCUGGAUCCAGUUCCCCGUCCGCAACAUGAUUGCCGCAAACUCCAAGAACAUUUAA